UCCAAUGCCAUCGUUUCUCUCCAUUGAGCCACUCAAUACUCAAUAUUUUCCAUCUCUACAGUGGAGUAUCAAGUAAGCAUAUCCAAUGCCAUCGUUUCUCUCCAUUGAGCCACUCAAUACUCAAUAUGUUCCAUCUCUUCUCUCCACUAUUUCCAUCUCCCCCUCUUCUCUUUCUCCAUGGCUCAAGAAGCUUAUCCUCCCGCCCCUAGUCCGACCUCAACCACGAGCUCCCACGACUCCCACGAACCGGCCGCUGCUGCCAUCCAUUUCAAUCUUAUGCUCAUUGUUGCUGCCAUUUUAUUUGUCUUUGUUUGUGCUCUUGGCCUUCACUCCAUGCUACACUGCGUGUUUCAGUAUGCUAAUCGCGUCAUCACUGAGUCGGUCCAAUCAGCUGCCUCUCGUCGACUGGAUUCGGGGUUAAAGAAGAAAGAAAUGGUGGCGUUGCCUACUUCAACUUACGCCUAUUCAGGGUCUCCACCAUCAGCUUCAGGGUGUGCAAUUUGCCUUGCUGACUUCUCCGACGGAGACAAGUUAAGGAUCCUGCCCAAGUGCAACCACCGGUUUCAUGUCGCAUGUGUCGAUAAGUGGCUGCUCUCUCACUCUUCAUGCCCUACUUGCCGGCACCGGCUUAAAUCCGGUGACUGCCGGCCCUCUUUAGAGAUUGUCACGGCCUAGUGAAGUUAUAUUGCUAUUAGUAGUUUGUCUUGUUUCUGUCUUUAUGAUUGUUGUAUCAUUCUAAUUUUGUCAACUUCUUAGGGAGAUAUUGUCUCGGUCUCGUGUACUACCUAGGAUAGUCUUGUUGCCAUGUUUCUUUUAUCCUAUUCUAUGGAAUUAUUAGAGUAACAAU